AUGAACUUCAGCUCUCAGUGGCAGGACGCGCAGUUCAGCCUGCAGGACCAGGUCGCAAGAGCCAUCAAGAACAACGAGGGGGGCAUCGCGGACGCUUUCUUCUUCUCGCACCACACGUUUACACACGAGAUCCUGGAUAAUGUGACGUCAUUUGAUGCAGAGAUGCAGAUGGCUCUCAACAAGGACAUGGCGGCCUUCCUCGGACUGUCGAACCGCUCCACUUUCAGCAGUAGUUGCAUGGUCACGCCGCAGAUCAGCGGCCUCCACAACGGCGACGCGCUCGCCGCCCUCGCACGCCUAGGCGCGGGCUGCGCUGUCGGCGAUAACACGUGGAGCUUCCUCACCAACCCUGACAACCCCCACCACAUGCUCUACACGACAGAGGAAGAGCACGGUUACGGCGGUUUCCAGAUCCUGCCGCGGUUUGCAACAGAGAUCUACUUCAACUGUUCGACUGCCAGCCAGAACCUGGCGAUGUACAACGCCCUCUACCGCUCCUUCUUCGGCAAAGACUCGACCAUCGACGAGCUGAUGCAGCGAGAGGCGGCCCUGGUCGUCAGGGACGGCCUGCUGUCGCUGCGCCACGACCCCUACAUGAUGCACCAAGCCAACCUGGCGCUGCUGGACGGCUCUGGCAAGAGCCUGGUCAUGCGCUGGGUGGAGGCCGUCGUGGCAGAGUUUGCCAAGUAUGCCUCGUGGCCCCUCACCUCCCUGAAGCUAGACGACCUGAGGGCCGCGUUCCUCGCCAGGCAGGCGCGCGAUGAGUGCGCCCUGUCGUACGCGAUCGAGGUCGGGGCCAACGGCACCAUUGCGGCCGUUACGGUUAAGAGCGGCGCAACUGCAGACGGCAGCUCCCAGUGCUGGGCGCCGCUGAUCGCAGGGGGUAGCGCUGCUGCGGGUGGUAGCAGCGUCAACAUCCCCGUAGUCAAGGGUGGGGCGGCGCGUGUCGAGCUGCAGGGGCUGUCUUGGUACGCGCCAGCUAUGACGGCUUAA